AUGGCUAUGGAUAAGAGAUCAAUUGACGAGGUUCAGUCAUGGUUGAGCGAUAAGGGUUUUGGUGAAUAUGCUUCUAAAUUUCAUGGUAAGUGGACAGAAAUAAAGAGCUUACAUUCCUAACCGUUGGAAUGCAUUGUUAACGUUAAGAGGUUUAUGUGCCCUAAAUAACCCUCAGUGGACCUCAGUGCCCUGCUGUCGAUAUCAAAGUACAGUGAUCUAAUUUAUUGGAUUUGAUGUUCGUUUUCGCGGCCCUCUCUUUUGCUCAGAGGCUAAUUUGCAUAAACGCGGUAUGAGAUAGUUCAACACUCAAAACCCUCAACUGCGAAUCUCAUUAAGUCUAAGUGCUUUUGUGUUCACAGAGAACUUUAUAGAUGGUGAAGCACUCCUAUGCCUCACUGAAAGGGCCGCUGAAGAACUAAUUCCAGUCAUGGGGCACAGAAUGAAGUUCCUUAAGCUGCUGGGUACUUUAAAACAAAAUAAAGCUAAUUCAACUUCAGGCGACUUUACCACGCAUACGGCUGCUGCCUCUACCACGCAUACAGCUGCUACAAACCAGCCUGAUCAUGAGACCCAGGUGGUCACCAUUGCUGGUGAUGUGGCUGCAGAGAGUUCACAAAGCAGGGAGCCAGAGACUGCACAAAAUGCAAGGUAUGCACAUAGAGUUAACAUGUAUGCAGAUCGCAUGCACUUUUUUUCAAUUGAAAAAAGAGCAUAUAUAGGGAAAGCAAGUUGUGCUAAACAGGGGCAGGCAUUCAAUGCAAAGUUUCUGGAACAUUAAUUUAUGCUUCCAAAUUUAAGGCUUCUUCUCUGUAUUAUUGCAAGCCAAAACUUGAGUUAAAAAAAUACUUUACUUAGCCUUUGUUUGGAACACCUUAAUUAUGGUUUUACACUGCAGCCUGUAAAGUUGCUGUUGAGUAGGGUGGCAUAAGCCGCCUUUAACCAAUAACUCACUCAAGUGUAUCUUAACGCUUGUCAGUGAGGACUGUAAGGGCAUAAUUAAGGCUUGUAUAAAUUUUUCUUUGUGCAGAUACUGUUGUUGUGUAAGGUGCUUAUCGUCACCUUUUACCAGCACCCCUUUUGAGUAGAUAUUACCAAAAGUUUGCUCAUUAAAGGGGACAUGGAUAAAUUUAUACUAUAUAAAUUUCAGAAAGAGACAGCCAUCAAAACACUCUCUGGCAAGUAAAAGAAGACAGCGUUUGGCCCGCAACAAGCGAAAAAGAGAAGAAAGAAAGCUUUUGAAAAGAGGAGUAACAACAUUGAUCCAAGAACUCAAAAAUGACAAUGACUCACUAACCAAAAAGUGUAAUAUGGAGACAAAUAUAAAGGAAAAAUACUUUGAGAUGUGGAGAGCAUCUGAAAAAGAAAAGGAUAGAAUUAAAACAUCUCAGUCCGUUUUUCGAGGUUUUCAGCAAAGGUUAACCAAGGAGCCAGGUUCUAAUAGAGAAAUCUUAAAGAUAGAUCCUUCUAUGCUGGAAGAUGUUGAUGGCCCAUCAGUUCAACUUGGUAGAGGAAGAUUUGGCACAGUGGUAUUGAAACAGUUUAGGUCAUCUCCAGUAGCUGUCAAAUAUUUUGAUUCCUCCAGUACACCUAAAUUGGUGGAAAGGGAGGCAUCAUUUUUAGCACAGUGUUGCCAUAUUAACCUGCCAUUGAUAUAUGGGAUGAACAACACCCAUGCACCCUUUUUUAUUGUCACACAAUUUUAUGGUAGUGAAAGCUUCAAGCCAGUAACAUUAAGAGGUGUCAUCAAAGAAGAGGCUGAGGUCUCAAUAGAAAGUUCAGAGAACUGGCUUCAUAUUUUAACACAGCUUUGUGACUGUCUUAGCUACAUUCACAGGAAGGACAUUAUUCACAAUGACAUUAAGAAUGAUAAUAUUGUAAUUGUAUGCAAUUCUAAAGGCUGUUUCUCACCAAUUCUAAUUGAUUUUGGAAAGGCAUGUCCACUUACUCAGGCAAAAAAGAAAAUCCUGACAGAGGAAGAAAAAGCUAUGUACUACAGAGAGCACUGUCACAUUGCUCCUGAGGUCAUUGAAGGAUCUCAUUCUCAAUCAAUUUUGAGUGACAUGUAUUCCUUUGGGGUAGUGAUUGCAAGUAUUUAUAAGUAUACAAAGUAUCGCCCAUUUAAAGAGCUUGCAAGAAACUGUCUGAAGCCUGUUUCAAACAGGUGCACUUCAGCUGAGCUGCUUAGUGUUAUUUUAAAUUUUCCUGUUGAGAAGUUCAGUUAACGUACCAAAAACAGGGGUAUAUAAUUGUAGAACUUCAUUUCCUCAAUUUGUUGUGCAGUACAUUUUUGAUAGUAAUUUUGGAAUUCACUGUCAGUUGAGUACAAAUAACUAUGAAGUGUAAGUAAACUCAAAACCUCUCUUAUGUGGCCACCCUAUACAAAUGGACAAGUGACUGUUUUAAAUAAAUAUAUUUUGGCCACUAUUACAGUGAUUCAUUGAAAAUUUUGUUGAACAGGUCUUGUUUACUGGCCACUACAUAAUGUCUGACCGUUUUUAGUAGACAUUUAGCAGUACUUUUAUAGUCACGCUUUUUUUUGACAUGUGCUUUACUAUCAUUUAAGUCCGUUGUCCAAAAUAAAUUUUGAAAACAAAUGUAGAGUUGACUUGUAUUCUCCUAUUCCUUUUUAAGGAAGCGGCCAUGUGUCAGUGCAGCUCAAACAGACACUGGAACUAUUGUACUUAAUGCUAAACUGCCUUGGCCUGCAACUAUAGAUUUGCCCACUUCGUAUAGACCAGAGGUGACAAAGCUGUUGCAGGACAAAGACAGAACAAAGUUGACGAGAAAGCUAAGAAAAAGCUUUGUUUCAAGAAUUUAUGAACAUUUCUCAAGAUAUACCCUGUAAGUAGAUAAUGAUACAGUGGAGUUCAGUAUCCAGUAGAUUUAUUUGAUUAGCAAUCUCGGGAAGUUUGAGUAAGUGUACACUUGCUAUUUACCAUAAAUUCUACAUUGAUCUCCUCCCACUUUUGAUUACAGCCAAGCCAGGGCAAGCAUACCCCCAUAGAGUCCAUUGAUACAAUAAUUAUUAUUGAAAAUUUAUUGAAUCUGCCAUGCGUAUCAUGUUACAGGUCAAAUUUGAUUUCAGGUUAAUUUUCAUUUAACCUAGGUUGAUUUUCAAUUUCCUUUGUUUCUAAUUCAUGAGUAAAUAGGUUAGGAAAAAAAGUAAAAUGAGAAUCAACCAAGGUUAAAAAUAUUUAACCUGAAAUCAAAUUUGACCUGUAACACAUACUCAAUCUGUUACGCAUACACUAUGAGUGCGGCAGGUCAAAAAUGAGGAUAAGUGAUGCACAUUUAGGACAAAGAGAAGCCAUUUGCUUAAUUUUCUCACAUGCCUUUAAAUUUUUUUUUUUCCAGAUAUCCUACAAAACAGCAGCUGCUGGAAAUUUCCCAGCUUAUAAUUAAGACAUUUCCUUUCCUUAAGGACACAUCUGUUGGGACUGGAUAUGUAAGUUUACAUAAACGCAUUUCCGGCAUUAAAAAUAUCCUUCCUUGAGUACCCAGAACAGUUUGGAAGUUAUUGAACCGAAAUUAUUGUUUAAUAAUUCUACUGAAUUAUGAUACAGUGGAACUCUGAUAAGACAGAAACCAUUUAAUGGGUAUUACUGGGAAGGGGCAAAGAUCAUGACUUAGCACCUUUUUUUGCACUUUGAACAGCUGUUCUCUUCAAUAUACAGAUGUAGAGCAACUGAAAAUUAUGUAGAUAUUCAUAGAGUGAUAAUUUUACUGUAAAAAACACUUAAAACCUCACUGAUUACAAAAGACAAUUUGACUACAUUAAAAUUUGACUUUUAAACCCCACAAUACAUUUACAGUGUACUGUUGUUUGAGAGCAAAGUAAGAAUCAGUUCAGCUUACUGUGAUUCUGAAAAUGGACAUGCUGAUCUCUCUGACUUUUCAAUUCAAUUCAAUUUCUUUUCUCUCAAUUUUCCACAUGAACAUCACUGUAUAAUAUUGUUCAAGUUUUGAAAAAAAAAGGGUCACCUUCCACUGGCUUCUUCUGGAUACCAGCAAAUGGCUUUGAGCUUGGGUAAUCCCUUUGAUGAAAGAAUUAAACACAAAUUGCUAGUUUGAUUAGUAAAUUACAGAGCUCAAUGAACACGGUAACCUUAAGUCAUCAGUGUGACCAUGUCACACCAAGUACAGCGGUCGCCAGAAGGCAGGGUUCCACUCUGCUUUCUUAGCAAGUUUAGAAGUCCACUAUAAACCCCCACCCUGACAAUUAAAACACCUAGUCCUGAACUUCAGAAAAUGGUUAUAAUGCAAAAAUGUUUGUAUUUGAAUUUUAGGAUUCCUGGUUUGCCCAGCUCUAUGACAAAUUCAGAAACGAACGGAAAGGUAUAACUGAUGACCCUGAAGUAAUUCUCCACAAAAGGAGAAAAACUAAGGGGUCAGAAGUGCAGCCUGUGGCACUGAAGUUGAGAAGGGGUGGGAUCAAUUGGGAGCCACCUUUUCCAGAGGGAGAAGAUGAGGUAUCCUUGAAGCGGCAUAAAGAGUGGCUGCAGAAUGAGUGCAUGCGAAGAACGCCUGAUCUGAAGAGAGUGGCAGAGCGCAUGAGUCUUACCUUCCCAGACAGACGGAGGCUAAUGAACAAGAAUGUGCCCCUAACAGAAGUGAGAGCAGAAUACCCUGCUUUAUUUGAUUUCAAACAGGUAUUAUGUUCUUUUUUUUAAAAUUAAGUUUCUCUUACUGAUCAGGGAAUGUCACACAGCACCGGUGGCUAGGCAAUUCCCCCUCCCCAGGCUACUAUGAGCAUUUAUUCCCGACUACUUUCAUAAGAGAGAGAGCAGAAGAAGAUCCAAAAGAACUUCCUAGCUGGGUAACUCUCUACACACUAAUUCCAUAACUGAUGUUCCCUUUAUUUGCUAUGGAAACGGGCUGGUAGAAUAAUAUUGAUAUUUGAUAAUACUUUUUUUAAGCUCCUCACUGUAGCAGGACUGCUUUAUCUUUUGUGAUUUCAGAUUGUCACUGAAUUUGAGAGGAUAUUAGGCAUAAAUACAAGCAUUCUGGACACGUUUCAGUCUAACUUGAGUCAAGUUGCUGACCAAAUAAUUGAAUUAGGAAGAGCUAGAAAGGGCAGGAAAAACUGUUUGGGAAUGGAGCAGUACCUCCAACUCUUGGAGGGAGAGUUUAAUGAUGACGAUGAAACUGAAAACUUGACAGGUAUGAAUCUUAAAAUGAUUGUAAUAAUAUUAUGCUUACUAAAAUACUGUAAACUCUCACAUUAGUACCCCCUUGAAUAGGUGGGCCUUCCUGCAUGCCAAAAAACUUUUUUUAGCAUUACACAAAAUUGAUGAUGCAAAAGGGAGGCUCAUGGUGCUUUCAUUGGCAUUUACUUCAUGAAGAUAAAAAAAAUGAUAUUGUGACAAUAAUUGUCACAAUGAAAUUUAUUAUUUUUAUGCCCCAGCUGGUGACACUCCUUUGUUUCAAAUGCUGACUGAAUAAAAUUAACGUCUUUUUUAUCAUUAUUUUUUCUCAGAGGAAAAAGAAGAGGUUGCCAUGGUAGUCCUUCCAUUUUUGCUUAAACAGACAUCUAAAGGAGGACAGUCUCAGCAGCAGGACUUUGUUCACUUUAUUGCUGUAAGUAGUAUACGAUUUUAUGACAGAUUUAAUAUCAUGUUUAUAGCGAGCAUCAGAUUCAAGUUGAUAAAUUCUAAUUAUAUGGAUGAACAUUACUUAAUUAACAAUUAAUGAAUGAGGCUGAGUACCUUAUGAAGAAUUAUGGAGAUCUCGGAGGGUGCUAUCUGCCUUGGCCUACGGCCUUGAUGGAUAACACCCUCCUCGAUCUUCAUUAUUUUUCUUACUACUAUUACUAUCAUCAUCAUCAUCAUCAUCAUUUGUGUCCAAAGGGUGCAGUUGGAAUCCACGUUCUCUCAUGGAACUUUUUUCUAUAUCAGACUCACUAUUAUUAGCCCAACAGAUAUUUCAGGGUCAUUUUUUCGCGCGGAACUGGUAUCUAUGUUUAGCAAUAGAUAGUUAAGCCUCUUUUGCACAAACAUAACCCUUAUCUGACUGUGGAUGCACUUCCCUAAUUUUCAGUUACUACUAGUUGUUAUUAUCAUCAUUAUCAUCAUCAUUACUAUCAUCUUUAUCAUCACUUUUCUCACACGCUUCAUAUUAUUUUAGAAUGUACUGACUAUGCUUAAGGAGCAUUUCUAUUAGUGUGCUGCAUUAAACACAAUCCUGGGCUUUGUCAACGCUGCAAAUGCUUUAGUUGUCUAAUUUUGUGUCUUCCAUGAACGUACUGAUCCUUUUUAAUUGGCUUUUCCAUUAUAAUGGAAACUUGUGAUUUAUAACAGUGGCUUUUGAAGAUGAAAUCAUAACCAACUGAUUUGUUUUCUUUUUUAGGAUGUGAAUAGCACAACAGCAAAAAGUGUGGCUCUUCAAAGUUCUUUUCCUUUUAUCAUUUUUGAAGGCAGCCUUGAUUCACCUGGGCAAAUUCAUUUAGCAGCUGACAAGCAGUUGUUAUGCUCUUUUACUGGCAGCCUUGUGGAGGCAGCAUGUGGAUUGCUCGCCAGUUACUAUGUUUUUAUGUUCAAUUACCCUGUUGGGUUGAAAAAUUUAUUUUUGUAUUUACAAAAGUGUGUUCUGCACAUUAAUGAUGCACAGAAGCUUCCAGGCUCUGUCAUCAGUUUAGUGAAUGACCUUGAUAGCCUAUCAAAGUGUAAUUAA